AUGCUGCCUGACUGUGCUCGCCUGGCUGCGAACGUGUGUCUAUCACAAGCAUUGGCUUCAAUACGAGAAAACUUGUCAACGUUGCUCGAAUCCUACCUCGCUACAGCAAGCAUGCUGAUUCCUCCCAUCCAGACCCUUUCGCCUGUCCCACCCGCACGCAAUGAUACCACGCAAGCCCACAAACAACACCAACAAUCAUCUCUCGCCUCGCCUCAUCUCAUCUCAUCUCAUCUCAUCCCGCCAGGCCCCCUCGGUCCCAACCGCAUCAUCUCCCCUGUCAAUCCCCCCUUGUCGCACAUCUCAAACCGCUACCGUGCAAACCCCUCCGAGUCAUAUUACCCCAAGUCUAGUCUGCCCCCUCCCUCGGCACUCCAAAGAUCCGCGCGCGGCCUUCGCAAGGCCAACACUAUCAUCUUCACCACCGACCGUCCGACCAACUAA